AUGUCUUUCAAGGUAGCCGUGAUUUUCGCCAUCCUUGCCUCCGUCAGGGCUGGUUAUGUUGGCCAACCUUCCAGCUACGCCGCUCCAUUAGCGUACACUUCGUACGCCGCUCAACCAGCCGUACAGUUAUCCUACGCAAGUCCUGCUCAGUACGAUUACGUCCAAAGCGGCCCAAUUUCCCACAGCUACGCAGCAGCUCCGGUCGUGUCCUAUGCAGUAGCACUAAUGACCAAAACGUAUGCCGCUUCCCCAGCACUAGCAUAUUCGCAAAGUUAUGCACCUGCCUUAACUUACAAUCAGAAAAGUUACGGAUAUUCGUCGUACGACAUCCCGUUAGUUGCGAAGACCUACACUCUAGCGCAACCGGCGGCUGCUAUCAACACACAUGCGGCACCACUGUUCGCCUCCCAACCGAUUUAUGGCGGCACCAGCUACACCAGCUCUUACAUUAACCAGAAUAAGCCAUUGUACUCUUAUGCUCACUAA